CCUCAGACGGGCAGCAUGAAUGACUGGCACAGGAUCUUUGCCCAAAACGUGCUUGUCCCUCCCCACCCACAGAGAGCACGCCAGCUGUUGAAGGAAUCCUCAGCAUUUCAGUGUGUCCUGAAGUGGCUUGACGGGCCAAUAAUUAAGCAGGGUGUGCUGGCAGUGCUGUCGGAGGUUGAAUGCCAUCUGCGGGUGUCUUUCUUUGAUGUCACCUACCGACACUUCUUCGGGAGGACGUGGAAAACCACAGUGAAGCCGACUGAGCAGCUCUCGAGGCUGGCGUCCAGGAUUGUGUUCAAUGAGCCCUUGUAUUUUCACACGUCCUUAAACCACCCUCAUAUCGUGGCUGUGGUAGAAGUGGUUGCUGAAGGCAAGAAACGCGACGGGACCCUCCAGACGUUGUCAUGUGGUUUUGGAAUUCUUCGGAUCUUCAACAGCAAUUCGGGAUCUCCUUCCUCUGCGUCCCAGGACAGACGGUUGCGGCUGUACCACGGCACCCCCAGAGCCCUCCUGCACCCGUUUCUCCAGGACCCCGUGGAGCAAAACAAACACAUGACCCUCAUUGAGAACUGCAGCCUGCAGUACACCCUGAAGCCACACCCGCCCCUGGAGUCCGCAUUCCACCUUCUUCCCGAGAACCUUCUAGUGUCUGGUCUGCAGCAGAUCCCUGGCCUCCUUCCAGUUCACGGAGAGACGGGAGACGCCCUCCGGAAGCCUCGCCUUCAGAAGCCCGUCACGUGGUACUUGGACAAUUUAUUCUUCACCCUGUACCCCUCCCUUGAGAAAUUCGAGGAAGAGCUUCUGGAACUCCUUAUCAGCGACCACUUCCAGGAGGGCGCGCGGGAUAGCAGUGCCCUGGAGAUCCUGGAGCGGCGCCUGCACGUGGGUGUGCACAACGGUCUGGGCUUCGUGCAGAGGCCGCAGGUGGUCGUGCUGGUGCCCGAGAUGGACGUGGCCUUGACACGCUCAGCCAGCUUCAGCAGGAAAGUGAUCUCCUCUUCAAAGACCAGCUCUGGAAACCAAGCUCUAGUGUUGAGAAGCCGCCUCCGACUCCCCGAGAUGGUCAGUCACCCGGCGUUCGCAAUCGUCUUUCAGCUGGAGUACGUGUUUAACGGUCCUUCGGGAGUGGACGGCAACGCAGCUUCGGUCACCUCUCUGUCCAACUUGGCGUAUAUGUACAUGGUGCGCUGGGCUGUUUGGAACCCCUCGCUGGAAGCCAGUUCUGGGAGGGUGGCCUUGCCUCUCCGGGGCGGGCUCCAGCCCAACCCCUCACACUGUCUGGUCUAUAAGGUACCCUCAGCCAGCAUGAGCUCCGAAGAGGUGAAGCAGGUGGAGUCGGGAACAGUCCAGUUCCAGUUCUCGAUGGGCUCAGAAGAACACCUGGACACACCCACCGAGCACGUCGAUGGCCCCAUGGUUGAGCGGCAGCCCGCCAGGAAGCCACCCACGUCUCCUUCAAGCCCACCAGCAUCAGCACCCCACGGUCUCGCUGCCACCCAGGACUCACCCGUGGGACCAGGGUUGUCGCUCUCCCAGCUGGCGGCUUCCCCGCAGUCCCCAGCUCAGCGCCGCGCAGCCAGACCCGCUUCGCAGCAGCCAGACGGCUCUCCGCCCUCCCCAGCCCAGGCAGCAUUCCCGUUGGAGGGCAGCGUGUCUCACCUGGAAGCUGACCUGAGCCAGGCUCCCGUGGUCCUGGAAACAUCAGUUGCUGAACAGUUACAGGAGCUGCCGUUCACGCCUUUGCACGCCCCUAUUGUCGUGGGAGCCCAGACCAGGAGUUCAGGGAGCCAGCUCUCCAGAGCCUCCAUGGCGCUGCUGCGGUCCUCUGGCUGCCCUGAGAUUCUCGAUGCCAGUCGGCAACCAGCCGAAGCUGUGAAUCCUGCAGAUCCGGUGGUGUUUAACCCUAAAAAGGAGGAAUCAGAUUGUCUACAGAGCAACGAAAUAGUGCUACAGUUUCUUGCCUUCAGCAGAGUGGCCCAGGACUCCCGAGGAACGUCAUGGCCAAAGACUGUGUAUUUCACCUUCCAGUUCUACCGCUUCCCACCUGCGACAACGCCACGACUGCAGCUGGUCAAGCUGGAUGAGACUGGGAAGACCAGCUCUGGCUCCCUGUCCCAUGUCCUCGUUCCCAUCGGCAAAGAUGGCUGCUUUGAUGCUGGGUCUCCUGGCUUCCAGCUGAAAUACAUGGUGGACCCCGAGUUCCUGAAACCCGGCGAGCAGCGCUGGUUCAUCCGCUACCUGGCCUCUCAGACGCUGCAGGUGGACGUCUGGGACGGGGACUCCCUGCUCCUCCUUGGGUCUGCCGCCGUCCAGAUGAAGCACCUCCUCCGCCAGGGCCGGCCGGCCGUGCAGGUCUCGCAGGAGCUGGAGGUGGUGAUGACUGAAUAUGAGUGGGACACCAUGGCGGCGAGUGGAGACGUGACGGGAUUUGGCAGGGUCAAGCCCAUCGGCGUCCGCUCGGUGGUGAAGGGCCGGCUGUACCUGACCUUGGCCAACGUGGGUCACUUGUGUGAACAGAAAGUGAGAAAUUCUAGCUCAUUGCCACCGUCCAGAUCUCGAGUCAUCUCGAACGACGGAGCCAGCCGCUUCCCUGGAGGCAGCCUCCUCACGAGCGGAGGCCCGAGACGUGAGUUAGCUAACGUGGUCCAAGCGCAGAAGUUGGCUGAUGUGGACAGCGAGCUGGCCGCCGUGCUGCUGACCCACACCCGGGGGACCAAGGCGCCCCAGGGCGCUGGCUGCGAGGUGGAUGCCGUCCGCAGGCGCAAGCUGGAGCGGAUGCGGUCCGUGCGCCUGCAGGAGGCCGGAGGAGAGCUGGGCCGGCGCGGGAUGAGCCUGUUGGCUCAACAGAGCGUCCGUGCACAGCACUUGCGAGACCUGCAGGUCAUCGCCGCCUACCGGGAGCGUGCCAAGGCCGAGAGCAUUGCCAGCGCGCUGAGCCUGGCCAUCACCACGUGGCACACGCUCUACGCCACGCUGGGCACCGCCGAGUUCUUUGAGUUCACGCUGAAGAACCCCCACAACACGCAGCACACGGUGACUGUGGAGAUUGACAACCCUGAGCUCAGCGUCGUCGUGGAUGCUCAGGAAUGGAAGUGCUUCAAGGACGCCGCCGGCCUGCACACGCCGGUGGAGGAGGACAUGUUCCACCUGCGUGGCAGCCUGGCCCCGCAGCUCUUCCUGCGCCCCCGCGAGACCGCCCACGUCCCCUUCAAGUUCCAGAGCUUCUCCGCGGGGCUGCCAGCCUCGGCGCAGGCCUCUGCUGAGCUGAGCUCCGAGAAGGGCACAGACGCCGGCUCACCUUGGACAUCCAGCACGAUGCCCACCAAACGUGCCAAGGUCCUGUUCCGAGCGGGCGGUGGCAAGCCCAUCGCUGUGCUCUGCCUCACCGUGGAACCGCAGCCCCACACGGUGGACCAGGUCUUCCGCUUCUAUCACCCAGAGCUCACCUUCCUGAAGAAGGCCAUCCGCCUGCCUCCCUGGCACACACUUCCAGGUGCUCGGGUGGGAAUGCCCGGCGAGGAGCCCCCAGUCCACGUUCGAUGUAGUGACCCGAACGUCAUUUGUGAGACCCAGAAUGUGGGCCCCAGGGAACCUCGGGAUGUGUUUCUGAAGGUGGCUAGUGGUCCAAGCCCGGAGAUCAAAGACUUCUUUGUCUUCAUCUACUCGGACCGCUGGCUGGUGGCGCCCGUGCAGACGUGGCAGGUCUAUCUGCACUCCCUGCAGCGCGUGGACGUCUCCUGUGUCACAGGCCAGCUGACUCGCCUGUCCCUUGUCCUUCGGGGGACACAGACAGUGCGGAAAGUGAGAGCUUUCACCUCACACCCCCAGGAGCUGAAGACGGACCCCAAAGGGGUCUUUGUGCUGCCACCUCGUGGGAUGCAGGACCUGCAUGUCAGCGUGAGGCCCCUCAGGGCGGGCAGCCGCUUCGUCCACCUCAACCUGGUCGAUGUGGACUGUCACCAGCUGGUGUCCUCGUGGCUCGUGUGCCUGUCCUGCCGCCAGCCACUCAUUUCCAAGGCCUUCGAGAUCACGUUGGCGGCAGGUGAAGGGAAGGGCGUCAACAAGCGGAUCACCUACACCAACCCCUACCCCUCCCGGAGGACGUACCACCUGCACAGCGACCACCCCGACCUGCUGCAGUUCAAGGAGGACUCCUUCCAGGUCGGAGGAGGAGAGACCUACACGAUCGGCCUGCGGUUCGCCCCUGGUCAGAGCGUGGGGGAGGAGGAGAUUCUCAUUUACAUCAAUGACCACGAGGACAAAAACGAGGAGACAUUUUGCGUGAAGGUUAUCUACCAGUGAGGGCUGGGGCGCUCGUCCUCCCUGCAGCCACCGGCCCCU